AUGAAUAAAAUACUUGCGAAACAUACACAACCAACUGUCUUAGAUAAAAUACAUCUGAAACAACCUGGUAGUAAUGUUUUAAAGUGCCAGAUUAAGCAACUUUUAAAUGCUUCUAAAAUAAGGUAAUCCUACUAUAUUAAAGAGGAAAUUAUAGUACAAGAGUAUGUGGUUGUAAUCAUUUACCUAAUUGUAAUUAAUGCAACAUAAAUACUUGCAUUUAAUGUAAACUAGGGUAUUCUUUUAGUGGUUCAACAUGUGUAGCAUCUACAUGUCCUGAUGGUUAAUAGCUUAACCCUAUUACAAAAGCUUGUACUAGUAUAUUAUGUUCUGAUGCAAAUUGCCUUAAAUGCGAUCAAUUUGUUUGCUAAUAAUGUUUAAGUAGUUCAUAUUAUGUGUCAGGAACAAAUCCUUUUCAAUGUAAAUAAUGCAGCGUUCAAAAUUGCAAACAAUGUAAUCAAGAUGAUAUUGGGAAUUAAUUAGAGAACUUGUAAAAUAUGUAAUUAAAACUACUUUAUGGAUAGUUCAGGAAACUGCCUAAAAUGUGCUUAAAAUUGUCUUUAAUGCAAUGAUUCAUAAAUUUGUUAAUAAUGUGUCACAGGUUACGUUUUAAGUAAUGACAAAACUACUUGCACUUGCUCUAUCCCUUAAUGCCUUUAAUGUAGUCCUAAUGAUGGAACAAUUUGUUCAAUUUGCAAUAGUGGAAUAUUUGAUUCAUCUUCAAAAACAUGUAUAUGUACACUAUCAAACUGUUAAACAUGUCUUUCUUCAAGCAAUACAAAAUGUUUGGCUUGUAAAGGUGUGUUUAUUUUAGACUAGAAUUCAUAAUGUUAAUGUCCUAUAAAAAACUGCUAAUAAUGUGAUUCUACUGGAAGCAAAUGCUUAACUUGCGCCACUAACUAUAUUUUAAGCCCUGAUUCUACUUUAUGUUAAUGUACAAUGUAAUACUGUUCUUCAUGUACUAGUAAUCUUUGUCUAAUAUGCACUUAAGGUUAUACUUUAGUUGGAAACUAGUGCAUUAUGAAAGCCUAAAAUUGUAUCCAACCUGAUCCAACAAAUGGUAUGAAUUGCUUCUAAUGUGCAGCAGGCUAUCAAGUUAUCUUAGAUGAUCAAUAUAAUAAUAUAUGCUAAUGUAAUGUUUCAAAUUGUAAAUAAUGUUAAGCUUCUAAUGGUAAUUUAUGUGAUGAGUGCUAUACUAAUUAUUAAUUAAGCAAUGAUAAGACUUAAUGCUAAUGCUUUGUUUAAAAUUGUCAAAGUUGCAAUCCUAGCGAUGGAUUUGUUUGUGAUAAUUGUGUUGUAGGAUAUAUUUCUUAGAAUAAUAAAAAGAAUUGUUAAUGCGGUGUAAGUAAUUGCUAGAUUUGCAAUUAAUCUAAUGGAAAUAUAUGUGAUAAAUGUACAAAUAAUUAUAUAAAUAGUAGUGAUUAAACUUAGUGCAGUUGUUAAGUUGCAAAUUGCAGAAAUUGCAAUGUAGAUGAUGGGUCAAUAUGUGAUACUUGCUUGACUGGAUAUUUACUUACUAAUAAUAGUAAAUAUUGUCAAUGUUCAGUGGAAAAUUGUUAGGUCUGUAAUCCAUCUGAUGGAUCAUUAUGUAAUUAGUGCUCAAAAAAUUAUAUAAAAAAUUUAGAUUCUAAAUAAUGUAACUGCUCUGUUUCAAAUUGUUAGGUAUGUAAUUCAAAAGAUGGUUAUAUUUGUGACACAUGUGCGAAUGGCUAUUACCCUUCAAACAAUAAUACAAUUUGUUCAUGUAGCGUAAAUAAUUGUUUGGUUUGUAAUGCUUUAAAUGGUAAAUUUUGUGAUUAAUGUUAACCUAACUUUUAACUAAGCGAUGACAAGAAGACAUGCAUUUGUCAAGCUUAAUAUUGUUAUUAAUGUUCUCUUCUUGAUGGUAAUAUUUGUGGUUUUUGUAAUUUUGGAUUCUAUAAUAAUAAUGGAAAGUGUUAAUGUAGUGUAGAUAAUUGCCUUUAAUGUAAUCCAACUUAUGGAAAAUUAUGUAUUUAGUGUUAAACUAAUUAUCUUCUAAGUUCUGAUUAACUUAAAUGUUAAUGUUAGGUAAGUAAUUGUUAAAUCUGCAAUCAGAAUGAUGGAUCUUUAUGUGAUAAUUGUGUGGUAGGGUACGCUCCAUAGAAUGAUAAUAAAAUUUGUUAAUGCAGUGUGAGUAAUUGCUAAAAUUGUAACCCUUUAAAUGGUAGUUUAUGUGAUGAAUGUAAAUAUAAUUAUAUUAUGAGUAGUGACUUUACUUAGUGUAGUUGCUCUGUUGUUGGUUGUUAGAAAUGUAAUUAUAGCGAUGGCUCUAUUUGUGAUACCUGUAUUUCAGGAUAUAUUUCUUCGAAUGAUAAUAAAUCUUGUUAAUGCUCAGUUGCAAACUGCUAGGUAUGUGAUCCAACAAAUGGAUUCAUCUGUAAAUAAUGUUUAUAAAAUUAUUCUUUAAGUAGUGAUAAAACAUAAUGUAAUUGUUCUGUUUCUAAUUGUUAAUAAUGCUAAUAAAAUGAUGGAUCUAUUUGCAAUUCUUGUAUAAAAGGGUAUAUCCUUUCAAAUGACAAUAAGGUUUGUUAAUGCAGUGUAGCUAAUUGCCUAGAGUGUAAUCAUUAAAAUGGGUCAAUUUGUAACAAAUGCUAAUAAAAUUUUAAUUUAAAUGGUGAUUCCACAUAAUGCUAAUGUACAAUCCCUAAUUGUUAAUAAUGCAAUCCAAUUGAUGGAUCUAUUUGCAAUACAUGUAGUAAUGGAUAUACUUCAUCAAAAGAUAAUAAAACUUGUAAAUGUAUUAGCUAAAAUUGUCUAUCUUGCGAUCCUUAAAAUGGUAAUCUGUGCCUAAAGUGUUAACAGAAUUAUACAUUGAAUUUAAAUUAAUAAUGUGUUUGCUAGGUUUCUAACUGCAAAAAUUGUAAUAUUAAUGAUGGAUAAAUUUGUGAUUCUUGUGAUCAAGGAUUUAUUCCUAUUAAUAAUAAUAAGGCAUGCUAGUGUGGAAUUUAAAAUUGCUUAAAAUGUAAUCCCUAAAAUGGAAAUGUAUGUCAAUAGUGUUAGGCUAAUUAUGCCUUAAGUUCUAAUUCAACAUAAUGUAUUUGCUCAGUUCUUAAUUGUCUUAGCUGCAAUGUUAAUGAUGGUUCUAUUUGUGAUAUUUGUUUAGCAGGUUUUGCUCCUCAAAAUAAUAAUAAGGUAUGUUAACCUCAAAUUAAAAAUUGUUUAGCAACAGAUCCUUAAAAUAAUACAAAAUGCAUUAAAUGUCAGCUAAAUUAUAUUUUGAGUGAAGAUUAGACUUAAUGCAAUUGUUCUGUUUUAAACUGCUAAAAUUGCAAUUCUGGUAAUGGUUCAAUUUGUGAUUCUUGCUAAUAUGGUUAUAUUUCUUUAAAUAAUAACUCGAUUUGCGCUUGCCCUAAAGAUUCAACUACAUGUAUUAAUUAGUGCAAAGUUUAAAAGUGUAAAUAGUGUUAGGUAAAUAAAUUAGAUAAAUGUGAAACUUGUGAAGAAAAUUACUACAUAGAUAAUAAUUUAAAGUGUACAUUAUCUGUGAAAAACGACUUUGUUGUAGAUUAAAAAGUUGUAGAAAAUAUUGGUUAUAAUAUAACAAUUAAAUUUUAAAAUGAUAUUAUAACUACUACUGAAAAUGUGAAUGGAUUAAUAAGCAUUUAAAUAGUUGAUUACAACAAUCCUUUUAAAGUUGAAAUAGUAGAUAUCUAAAAAAAGUAAAUAAAGCUUUAAAUUUCUAUGGAAGGUAAUUGUAAAAAUAAAAAUUUAAUUGUUAAAAUGAAUGACCCAUAAUUUGUCUAAGUCAAUAAUUUGCAGGAACUAUAAAAAUAAGUUUAAUUGGGUGAUUAUGUGGUUUUAACAUAAAGCCAAAUUUAAUAAGCUUAAGUAAUAAAUCAAGUAGCUUCUAAAACUUCAUCAACUCUCCUUAUUAUGAUGAUCUUAAUGAUUGUAAUUGGAAAUACUUAUGUUUUAUUUAGCACAAUAGACUUAACAACCUUUAUUUACUUCAUGCUCUUUGUCGAUGUUAGGUAUCCUGAAAAUGUUAUGUCAUUUUGCUCUAUAUUUUAAAACUUUUAAUUUGCAUUUGUCCCUAACACCAUACAAAUUUAUUUAAUGGAUGCUAACUAUACAUAACCUUUCACUCCCUAAAAAUUCAUUGAUAAUGGAUAUGAUGCGUAUUUUUUUAAUGGAGCAGGUCAAUCUAUUACAAUAAUAAUUGGAAUUACUACAAUUUAUUUAGCAAUUAAGACACUUUCACUUAUCCCUAUUCCAUAAAUUAGAUUAUAUAUUUUGAGUAAAAUCAAAAGUGGUUGGAAUUUGAAAGAUCCUUAAAUACAACUUUAAUUUAGCUCAAUAAUAGGGGGUUUUAUUUUACCUGAAAAUAAGGCUGUUGAAGAAAAUAUUAAAAAUAAUAUAAAUAAUAACUAUAUCACUACAAACAAAGAUUAGAAGAAUGAGAUUUAAAGUUAAAAUGGAGAGAAAUAUAAUAAAUAAAUACUCAGUAGACAGUAGCAGCUUUAGUUAAAAUGGAAAGACAAGAACACUAAUAUUAAAAAUGGCAUAAGUGAAAUUCUGUUAAUUGUCAUGUAUGCAUCUAUAAGUCUAUUAGUAGAGGAUGAUGAGAAUUAGGAUGAGUAACAUAGGUUUAACAUUGGCUGGGUAAUUAUAGCAUCAGCUUCUACUAUUUUAGUUAUUCAUAUUUUCAGUGUAAUUAUUGAUCUACUGAAAGGUUUUGUUUCUCAAAUAUCCUUAUAAAAAAACAGAGGUAUAAAAAAAAAACUAAGCACAAUUAUAAUACCUUAAGUAGAACAAACUUCGAAUCUCUCAUUAUCACCAUUAAAAAGAUAGAUAAUUUUAAAGAAUUAGUCUAUAAUAUCUCCUUAGAUAAAAAGAAAUAAUUCUAAUAAAUAAUAAGAGAGUUAAAAAAAUAUCAACAAUAAUUUAGAUUUAUAAGAAUUAACCUUAAAUGAGUCAAUAUCAAGCUCUAAGUAAUAGAUUUUUAAAUUAAAAUAUUUAAUCUCUAAAUGUUUCUAAUAAUGA